AUGGCCUCAACAUCUCGACAACGCAAGCCCCGAGCUUCUUGUGACUCCUGCAACGAAGCAAGGGUACGUUGCUCUCAGGCGCGCCCCACCUGCGAACGCUGCGUGAAGAACAAAAUAAACUGCGUCUAUGGCAUUUCUCAACGGGCGGGCAGAAACCGUGCAUCGACCCAUCGAUCCGCAGACGAUCAAACCACGCUUGCAGGGGGACAUCGUCGACCAUCAACUAGCGACCCCGUUUUGUUGCUCCAGCAUCCCGGACACGCACAGAUCCCUGACGAAUUUCCGAUAAAUUCCAUACCCCUGCUCGACGACCUAACUAUGGGCCUCAAACCCCACGAGUUCCCGAACUCUAAUCAUUUCCCAGAAAUGUUUACUGAGAUGUUCACCGACUCCUCUCCUUUAUCAAGCAACUGGAAUCAAAGUGAUAUGAGCUCUACGGUUAGCCUAGGCAAUUGUGCCGCAGAUACAGCAACAUGCACCUGUGUUUCCAGCAUCUUCUCUUUCUUUUCCACACACCCCAUUCUCACAGGAACCAAUCCCGCCCCCAUCGACGCAUGUCUCGAGCAGGGACGAGAGUCAAUCAAUCUUUGCGAACGUGUGUUAAACUGCAUUGGCUUUUCCCAACACCACUACAGCUCUCUGGUCACUGUCGCUCUAUUCAUUGACCGCGUUGUUGCUAUCUAUGAUAGAGCAAAACAACAUUACCAACAAACUCUCUUUGUGAUGCCAUACCAUACCGAAUCUUCCACCAGAAGCUCAAGCUCUCUUUCACUUGCCAAUAGUAUGUCGACGGCGCAUACUGAUAUCUCCAGAGAGGAUAUUUUUGCUCAUCUCGAUGGAUCGAUCCGUCAGUCCGCGUACAUUGGGGAAUACCAAUUAGACAAAGACGAUUAUGUGAAAUUGACUUUUGAAAUCGUGUUCGGUCAUCUGGCCAGGGUCGAGAAGUUGCUCCGGAUCUUUAAAAACGGCACAUCGAGGGACGAUCACUUGGUAUCAACUACAACGGGAGGGAUUGCCCUUGUCCAGCCGACAUCUGAUCAUGAGUUAGAGUAUGACCACCAAACACUCGUGUGUGUAAAACUGGCAGAAUUGAUCGAGCAGCAGUUGAAUAUCACACGUAAUGGGUGGGAGUCAACUUGCAAGGAAUGGGAACUUUACCAGAUGAACGGUAGAUAG